GAGAGAGAGCGAGAGAGGAGAGGGACGGGACCGCCUCGCCCAGCCCCGCCGCCCGCCGCCCGGCCCGCGCCUCGCCGCCCGCCCCGCUCGCCCCCACCGCCGCCCGCGCGAAGAUGGCCGGCUGGCAGAGCUACGUGGACAACCUGAUGUGCGAUGGCUGCUGCCAGGAGGCCGCCAUUGUGGGCUACUGCGACGCCAAGUACGUCUGGGCAGCCACGGCCGGCGGCAUCUUCCAGAGCAUCACGCCGGUAGAAAUAGAUAUGAUUGUAGGAAAAGACCGAGAGGGUUUCUUCACCAAUGGUCUGACCCUUGGUGCAAAGAAGUGCUCUGUGAUCAGAGAUAGCCUGUAUGUUGAUGGUGACUGCACAAUGGACAUCAGGACAAAGAGUCAAGGUGGUGAGCCAACAUACAAUGUUGCUGUAGGCAGAGCUGGCCGAGCAUUGGUUAUAGUCAUGGGAAAGGAAGGUGUCCAUGGAGGGACACUCAACAAGAAAGCAUAUGAACUGGCUUUAUACCUGAGGAGGUCUGACGUCUAAGCAGCCUCUCCCCAUCCACCUAGCAACUGUCUUCACCACCACCCAGUUGUGUUCAGUGCUACCAGACUGUAGAUGGUAGUUUGUGUUUUUUAUUUACCCAUUUCCUAAUGUCAUAAUUCCAGUUACCCUUUGUUCAUUUAUAUGUUAACCACUGUAUGUAACCAAGUCCCAUAUCUGGCACCAUUACUGCACCACAAAGAUGAUAUGCAUGAUACCUUGAAAAACUCUUGGGAGGGGAAUAUGCCAAGUGUAGGCUUUGCUCUGUCUUAGCAAUUAGUGUGAUAUUGACAACUAAACCAACUUAAAUACUAAACAAGGUGCCGAUUGUACAAUCUAAUUUGAUCAAUGCCUCUUCAGCACUUUGAGCGAUUACACAGCUCACUAGUCUUCCUUUCAUAGAGCAUGGUUGGGAGGAAAAAAGUGCAUGCAUAUCUUUACUUCUGUCCCUCUCUUUUUUCCCUUUUAAAUCCACAUUUGUUUGCUUACACCCAUUUUUAUAGUGCCUGGUUUGUUUAACCGAUUUGCCACUCAAAAGCUAUUAAUGUUACAUUAGUUUUGUCGUUGCACUUCACUGUAGGCUUAAGUCUUUUAUUUUUAAUUCAUGACGUCUGAAGCUUGUACUGCUUAACGAGUGCAAUCACAAAACUAUGAAAGGGUACAGAUGCACUUCCUCCCAUUACCUGAAAACCACCAUCCUGAACGAAUCCCCAGAGACAUUCCAUCAUUGCAAUAGCUCAGGCACUUUUUUUUUUUUUUUUUUUUGCGCCAGCUCCUGUUCUGUAGUUGAAUUGUAAAAGGCUGCCAUUAUGGACAUUAGAUAUCCCAACAUAACCAUCUGGAGUGUGUCUGGUUUCAGUUUUUCAUAGGACCAAUUUUAAUUUGCAGCUUGGGGGUCGUGGGGGGUUUUUUGUUGUUUUUGUUUUUUAAUAUGAAACUGCAAUGUCAUUGUGGAAAACUGCCACCUUCAGCUAUACUGGGAGCUCUGACUGACUCCAGUCUUUCUGCCAGAUCACUUGCUGGUAAAGAGUUUUGCUGCUCUGAAGCCACUGUUUGGAUGAAGGUCGGUAGUUUGAAAGCUAAACUGUCAAAAUGAUGCCAUUUCAAAUUUAAAAUCUUCAUUUGGCCUGUCACACCCUUGCUGCAGAAAUUAUGGAGUGAACUGCCUUGUGCACUAGUCAUCUGAAAUGUCUGUAACCAAACUCUCAGUUCAGGCACGGUACUAACUUGUAUGUCCAUUUAAAGAGAACUGCAGAACUCUGUAUACAAAAGAAUAAAUGGGAGAUGGUAUUGGUUGGAAUAACUGA